UGCAAGGAUCAGCUUCGUAAGGGACCUCGGUGAAAGUUGAAGGCGGUUUGGGAUGGAAGGCGUCUGCGUCCCGCUCACCUGAAGCCUCCCGGGCUCCCUAACCGAAACGUCCGGGGCUCCUCUUAAGCGUCCCGGGCUGACCUGAACCCCGCGGGGCAAGGUGGCCCCUUCGCCGCCGCGCACAGUGCUCGUCGUCCGGCGUCUUUCCUUAUGAGUGCGGCGUCCGGUCCGCCGUUCGUGGUGAUGCAGCGGCCACUCGGAAGCAGCUCUGCCUUCAGCAUCGACUCUCUAAUCGGGGGGCCUCCGCAGCCCAGCCCGGGACACUUUGUGUACACGGGCUACCCCAUGUUCAUGCCGUACCGCUCGGUGAUGCUGCAGCCGCCGCCGCCGCCGCCGCCGCCGCCACCUCCGCCGCCACCUACCCUGCAGCCGGCCGGACACCCCCAGCACCCGCACUCGCAUCCGCACAUCCCGGCGCUGCAAGGCGGUUUCUGCCCCAGCCUGGCGCUCACCUCCACGCUCAUGGCCUCGCUACCUGGAGGUUUCUCGCCGAGCCAGCAACACCAGGACCCGGGCCGGAAGCACACCGAAGACUCCAAGAGUUUGGUGCCGGCGACGGCAAAGGAAGACGCGGAUACGUCGGCGCAAACGGCUACAGCGCGAGGACACGCAAGUCCGGACGAGUCCAAAGAGGACGAUUGCACGCGCAGGGACGAGAGCUUCUCCAUGGACAGCGACGGCGACUACAGCUCGGACGACAACACGCUGAGCUCCGCGGCGGCCGGCCUAGAGGAGGGCCUCCACCUCCACGGAUCGGCCGGCACGGGUACGGGCUCCGGCUCGGGCCCACCCGGAGGCGGCGGCAAGAACCGCAGGCGGCGGACCGCCUUCACCAGCGAGCAGCUGCUGGAACUGGAGAAAGAGUUCCACUGCAAAAAGUACCUGUCGCUCACCGAGCGCUCUCAGAUCGCGCAUGCGCUCAAACUGAGCGAGGUGCAGGUCAAGAUCUGGUUCCAGAACCGGCGCGCCAAGUGGAAACGGGUCAAAGCCGGGAACGUCAACAACAAGUCCGGAGAACCGUCCCGGAAUCCCAAAAUCGUGGUUCCGAUCCCGGUGCACGUUAGCCGCUUCGCAAUAAGAAGUCAGCACCAGCAGCUGGAGCAGAGCCGACCCUAGACCCUUAAUUCGAACCGGGACAGAUGACCAGAAAUGGCCUCGCGCUUCAGUGCACUUAACAGUCCCCUCUCUUAAACAAACAAAAAGGAUCAGGCCAAAGCUUCAAAGUCAAGAAAUGUAAAUGCGUUUUUUUUCCCCCAAACAAGUGCAAUGGGAUUUAAAUCAAUUCAUUAAAGACAAGGGACAAUAAUGUUCACAUUUAAAGUGACUAUGAAUACAGGGGGAAAAAAUCAACAUGAACCGUGGACGGAAUUGAUUUUUUUUUUUUUUUUGUAUGAGGUUUCUCUUUUUAUUUUCCCCAAAGACGCUGCUAGUUUAUUUAAAUCAAGUGUGCUCAGUGGCA